AAUAAAAUCCGCAAAAUUAUAAGACAAUGCUAAUGGCUGGCGGGGGUGGCGGUGCAGGUUCGAUUAUACCGACGAUAGCAGCCGCGGUUGAAUUGCAGGAAGAGGAAUAUGCCUGCAACAGCGAGACUCACAGCGGUGGAGGCCUGCAAUGCGAUGGAGCCGACGGUUACGUCACCGAUCACACGGAUCUUGGCUCGGAGAUCGAUAUCGACGAGUCGGAAUUCCGACGGGAGUUCCUCAAGGAUAGAUGGAGAUUGCUUUUCGACAAGUACGAUCCGGAAGGCUUCGGCGAGAUUCCUCUCGACGAUUUCCUCGUCGCCCUCGACAGUCAGGAAUGGAGGGAGGAAGUCCCUGCGAACAAACGCGACAUUCUCAGGGCCCGAGUCAAGGAAUCGACGGUCGACGCGAUCACUUUUCAGGACUUCGUCAACGUGAUGAGUGGAAAACGUAGCCGUAGUUUCAAAUGCGCCGUUCAUCAUCGUGACAGGGAAGUCUGUUCCGAAAACGAUUUUCAUCUGCUCGUUCACGAACCUCCUCUGUUCCAAAGGAUGGUACGCAUGAUCGGCGACGAAUUUCUCACCGAGGAAAGAGAUCGGAAGUACUACGCUGACCAUUACACGUGCUGUCCACCACCCCUCUUCAUCAUCCUCAUCACCCUAGUCGAGCUCGGCUUCUUCACCUACUACACAGUCGCGAUGGGCGAGGUCAACCCCUCGGGUCCCGUUCCGAUCGACAGUGUCUUCAUAUACCGACCGGACAAACGUCUCGAGCUAUGGAGGUUCGCAUUCUACAUGUUCCUUCACGCUGGGUGGCUUCACCUGCUCUUCAACCUCGGGGUACAGGUGGUCGUCGGGCUUCCUCUGGAGAUGGUUCACGGCAGUUUCAGGAUAGCCGCCGUCUACAUGGCAGGCGUACUGGCCGGUUCUCUGGGCACGUCUGUAUUCGACACGGACGUUUAUCUCGUCGGAGCGAGUGGCGGUGUCUACGCUCUUCUCGCCGCUCAUCUGGCCAACGUUUUGCUCAACUACAAUAAUAUGGAGUUUGGAAUCGUCAGGCUGAUCGGCAUUUUCAUUAUCGCGAGCGCCGACGUCGGUUUUGCGAUAUACGACAGGUACGCCGCUGAGCAAAUGGGUCCGCCAGUGUCGUACGUUGCUCACCUUACGGGGGCGUUGGCGGGGCUGACGAUCGGCCUGUUGGUCUUGAAGAAUUUCGAGCAGCGGCUUCACGAGCAGUUGCUGUGGUGGGUCGCCCUCGGGGUCUACGCCGCCUGCACGAUAUUCGCGGUCAUGUACAACCUGAUGCACCCCGACUACCCCUGACGCGAGGUUAGCUUCGCUUACGGGCCCCGUUUGCACCACCAUCAUCAUCAUCAACCUGGUGCCGCCGAGACGAACACGUAACGCGAAGCUCUCCGCUACUGUUGUUUAUACUGUUGGACAAUAUUCGUCGCGUAAUAAUCGCUCUUGUUAUACCUUCGAUUGCGAAAGAACGCCAAUUUUCC